GUUCGUUUGUGUCCACCCAAUGUGUCGGUGCCACUUGAUCCCUCCCACAGCAAAGAGAAAUGCACUACAAAUAUGCGACAAAAGGUGUACUGCACAACAGACAGGGCUCCUACUUAUUGAAGUGAGUGACAAAUGACCGUAUACGACUGGUGUGUGGGUGUCAUGCCUGCCACAUCCACACACACACACAUCCACACACACCCACACCCACACCACGCAACAUCCACUCCUCUCUCAGUCCAGACAGCACACAAGCACACCACACCCAUGAUAUGAACCCUGUUCCCCUCCGGUUAUUGUUUUCUUCCCCGUGUGGCAUGUACAUGGUGAAGUCAAAAACAAGAACACAGUUCACAAUGCACUGACACCACAAGCACACAAGCACGCCACACCCGAUAUGACAUAAACCCGGCUGGCCCUUCUCCCUUGCCCCUCCCCCGCGCGCGUAUCCAUCUACAUGGUGAAGUCAAAAACAAAAGCACAAUUAAUUCGCAAUGCACUCUCUCUCAGCCCAGACAGCACACAAGCAAAGCGUACCCGAUAUGAUAUGGAACCGGUGUCCCCCCAACCCGCGUGUCUUUCUGCAUGGUGAAGUCAAAAACAAAACACAAUGCACUGACAGGCUGACAAAGGGCAGGACACACACCGCACCAGACGCCCUCAGACUAUGCAGUGCAGACGCAUCACACACACAACAAGGAAGGCUCUAGACACACAUACACACAAUAAACACACAUGUAUGUCUCUCUCUGCAAUCUUAAUGAAAGAACAGUGACGCACACACCACACGCAGACGAGUGGCUCAAUCGAACCGGUGGCCUGAAAGAAACCAACACACAGACAUGGACGCCCGGUGUCCUUCAGUCUCACUUACAUCAGUCAUGGUGGUGGUGAUGGUGGUGGUGGUGGCGGUGCCCACGGCGCCAGCGACCACGACCCCAGCGACCACGGCCCCAGCGACCACCACCCCAGCGACCACGACCCCAGCGACCACGACCCCAGCGGCCCCUAUGACGAUGGCCGUGGUGGUGAUGAUGGCCCGAAUGACCACGACGACCCCCACGACGACGGCCUGCACACGACAAAAACACAGAACCGAGGGAUAGGGAUGAUGCUCAGUGUCUGUCUGGUCAGAACAACGGUGGGAGUAUUGCAUGUGGGUGCUGACGUCGCUGAAGGGCACGCAGGUUGCCCGACUUCAGAGGCUCGUCCUCCGCCUCAUCCUCGUCAUCGUCAUCAUCCUCAUCAUCGGCCAGAUCCGCCUCGUCGGCAUCGACCAGGGCGUCCUCCUCGUCGUCGAGCAGCUCAUCCACAGUCGCCAGGGCAUUGUCAGAUUCAUCAAGAGCAACAACAGUGGGAGCAGCAGUCGUGGCGGAGGGUGGCUGGGCCAUGGUGGCUGAGGGCGUCCAAACCGCCACCAGGAGAGCGGCCAGGGCCAAGAGCGUCAGGCGCGAGAAGAGAGCCAUGGAUGAUAACAGACAAUCGAGCAGGCGGGAUUGACAGAUGGCAAGAGUCGGCUGAGGCAGGAGUGGAUAGAUGGGAGAGAGAGCCAAAACGAAUGGGAGGGGAGGGAUGGCUUCGAAGUUGU